GGCAUCCACGGACGAUUUUGACAGUGAGAUUUUGUCGGCUUUUGGCGUUUUUGAUGGCUGAUUGUCUUUAUAGUGUCCCUGCCCUCUGAGGUUGAUACAUCUCAUACAUCGGUCCCGUCCUCCCCGUGUUCUUCACUCUCCGCACCCCCUUCUCCCUCUUUCACGAUGCCCUCUUGGGUUCCGUGUUUCGGCUCAGAAUACAUGGAUAUUGCAUUCGACGUCGUUCCGAGCUCACCCCUUGCGGAUGCAAUUUCCGUCCAUCAACCUAUUGGUGUCAGUCAUCGUCCAUUCGUUACCCGUCGUGGUCUCGGUAUUCCCGUCAUCCAUCCUUCCUGGACUUCCGCUAGCUCCGUCCCUGUCCCUUUCGACGAAGCGUCCCCCAAGCGGAAGUUGGCUCAGGAUCUAGAUGACGCGACACCUAGGACACGUCGAAAGCACGAAGAAUGUUGAUGCAUCAAGUUUGCAGUGUCUCUUUUGCAGAAUUUUUUCUUCUUUCCCGAUAUUUUCUUUUCCCAAUCUUUUCUUUCCCCGAUAUCUUCUUUCCCCGAUCUUUUCUUUCCCCGAUAUCUCCUUUCCCCGAUUUUUUCUUUCUCCCUCUUCUCUCUGUCAUAUCACUCCUACGAUUUCCUUCUUUUGCAUCUUGUUGCAGGGUUUGUAUUCUGAUUAACAGGCCGUCCCUUUGGCUUGCGGUGGUCCUGGUUCCGGUUGCAUCGUUCGGCUGUGGUGCUUUCCCUCGGGGAUCCUGAUGAGGUGAAGUACUUUCCUGGGUUUCAUUGCUGCUUAUAUCUGUCUUCCACGUUUGCCCUUUAAAGUGGCACGGGAAACGCUAUAGGUGGUCGUGUUUCUCUUGGACUUGCGGAUCUCUCGGACUGGACUCCUCCAGUGAUGGUAUUAGGCAGAACUUGUACUCGGCUUCCUCGGUGCUGUAAUACAUAGGGAUUGUCAUGAAUUAUAAUCCAGUCUUGCAGCAUAUGGGCCGAGCGUACCUGCAAUAGUAAAGUUUGAGAAUGACCAGGUAAGUUGGAAAUGGUCAACCUUCAAGCGAUCCGUACUAGCGCAGAUAUCAUUGGUUAUCGCUUAUGUAUUUACGCCAGCGCAUGGAUGGGAAUCUGACAACCGAUAUCAUUGCAUAACAGUGGACAACAUGCGGCAUGUCACGAGGCGCGCGUAACGC